AUGCCCAAGAUGUCCUGGCAUUUGUUUUCUUAUUCGCUGCUGCUGCUGCUGUUUGUACUCUUGACAUGCUGUGGCAGUCAAGCUGCGGGGAGUGCCCCAGGGACGGCCAUUAAUUUAUUUACAGGAACGACACCGAUAACUGGUGCCAAAUGGGAGGAAAUGCAAUGCGUCGAAGGGUCAUUUCGCUCGCUGCGUGUCCCCAGCCUUGUGGAGGUGGACGGUGCUGUGUUUGCGGUUGCUGAGGCCCAGUGCAAGAAUGGAGUUGACAGCUUCACUGGCAUUGUAUCACAGCACCUGAAGGGAAUUGGAACAGAACCGACUGAGAUUCCGAUGGGUGCGGGCACAGGUUCCUUUCACACGCAGCUGCUGAAGGAAGGUGGUAAUGAAAUGAGGGAUACAGUGCGACCAACGACAAUUGUGAAUGACAACAAUGUCUAUAUGCUGCUGGGAAGCUGCAACCGUGCAACACCGGAGAGCAAAGAGGCUGAUCAAAGUGGAUGUACGCUUUUGCUGGUGAAGGGGAGUGUCACUGAGGCUGGAGAGAAGAAUGUCCAGUGGAACGAGACCUAUGCGGUGGAAAUUCGGCUCGGAAUGCUUGCUACACCCGGGACUUAUGUCUCUGCUGGCGGAGGGUCGGGUACUGUGAUGAGUGACGGCACACUUGUGUUUCCCAUGCAGGCCACAGAUAAUGGAAAUACCUUUUUGCUUCUCGCGCACUUCACCCCGUCAGAGAAUGAAUGGAAGCCUGUAGUCUAUAUGGUAGGUGAGGGUUGCCACAAUCCAUCGAUUGUGGAGUGGGGCGAAGUCUAUGACCGAAGCAUCUUCAUGAUGGCUCCCUGCAAGGAUCGUUCCUAUUACAUGUACAAGUCUUUAUCUUUGUACUAUUCGUCGAGCGGUGAACCAAUUUCUCGCUUGUGGGGCAUCUCACAUGAUAGAAAAAGGGAGGGGGCGCGAAGUGGUUUCAUCACUGCAACCAUCGAUGGAAAGAAGGUGAUGCUGCUUA